CGUAUGCCAAACGACCUCCGGAAGUCUCGGCGGAACCUUGCUGGAGCGGCCGGCGGUGGUUCGACUUGGUUAAGCGCACACAGCAGAGGAGGCUCGCCAUGCCGAGCAUUGUGCUCUUCCGGCGGCGGUGGAUAAUCGCCAACGACGACCUGUACCUGCCGCCCCUCCUGGAAGCCAUCUGCAGGCUGGGAUGGCUGGUGGCGUCCGGCCUGCUCCUCUGGGAGCACCGGCCCAUGUGGCUGUGCGGCGACUCGGACUGGCUCGCGUUCGCCUACCAGCUCGGCGCGCAGGUCUUCUGCCUGCUGGUCAUCGGCUCGGACCUCGCGCUCGCUGCCAUCGCAAGCCGGGGAGGCAUCGUCGCGAGCAGCAUGCGGAGGGCGCAGGUUCCGGUGUUGUACGCGAGGAGCUUCAUGCUGCUCGCCGAGACGGUGUGGCACGCCCUGGGAACGGCCAAGGUCUUCUUCUACAGGGACUCCUGCGUGCCGCUGGACCUCUGGCAGCAGUUGGAGACGCUGGCGAUCGUGGCCUGGUGUUACCUGCUCGUGCUGCUGCUGUGUGUUUACGCUCUGUACGACCCGGCCGGAUCGCUGAAGCACAACCCGUUCCGGGACCUCGGGGACGUGCAGGUCAGCCGCGACGUCCAAAGGUUCUUCCUGGAGCCCUCGGACAAAGGGCACCGCCGACGAACGCGCCUGUGGUCUGCCAGGCUGCGCCGAUUCUUCUGCUGCGCGAGCGACACGGAAGACAGCACGGAGGCGUACGAGCACAUGGCCGAAUACACGACGCUCUUCUAUGAGGACGUGGACGUCACGCCAUCGGACAUGUUCUCGGCGCUGGUGCUUCUGCGGAAGAAGCAACGCCGCCAGCUGGCGCGCAUGGGCUCCACGUCCGAGGAGUCGCGAGAGGGCAUGAUGGUGCCCUACUACACCACCGACUAUUCUUCCUCCGCGCCGGUGGACAAGGCUCCCUGCAGCAAUGGCGUGCCACCUGGUGCAGCAGCGGUGUCGGCACCAGCAGCGCCAUGUCCGGUGGCCGGCGCGACCUCUACGGGGCCGCACGCGUGGAUGAAUCCCGAGCAGGCGUUGUACUACCUCAAGUUCGCCUGGGGCAUCUACGGCUGGCCCGCGUACAUGGCCUCGCACCUCUGUACGGGCUUCUGCGACCUGUGGGCUGGAAUCAGGUGUUGCGCGUGCCUGCGCGGGGGCAGCGGCAACGUGUCCGGUGACAACUGCUGCGAGUGCCACGCGGCCACGGUCAAGCACCUGACCCGAGUGCGGCCCGAGGACCUGCUCUUCUCGUCGUUUUCGAACGGCCUGUACCGAGUACCCUUCUACGUGGCCCUGGACCACCGCACCAACGCCAUCCUGGUGGUGGCCCGGGGAACCCUGUCGGUAGCCGACGCGCUCACCGACUCCAUGACUGCCGCGGCCGAGAUGCCAGACGGCGUGGGUCUGUGCCACCAGGGAGUGCUGCAGAGCGCGCUGCAGAUCCUGGGCCAGCUGGACGAACCCCUGGCGCAGGCCACGGCCCGGCACCCAAACUACACCCUGGUGCUGACGGGACACAGCCUGGGCGCGGCGGUUGCCUCGGUGCUUGGCAUCCUGCUCAGGCCGCGGUUCCCCAAUCUACGCUGCUACGCUUUCUCGCCACCAGGAGGAAUCCUGGACGUGGAGAGGGCUCGUGAGACACGUGACUUCGUGAUGACCAUCGUUGUGGGUGACGACAUAGUGUGCCGGCUGGGGUUCCGCCAGGUGAACAAGUUCAAGCGGGAUGUGGUCAGCUGCCUGCUGCAAUGCGACAUGAACAAGAACGUCCUCAAUAGGCAUGGUCUCGAGGCGCUUUUCUGUGGUCGCCGGCUCACGCCUCCGCUGAAGAACAAGGAGGCCUUCGAGAAGAUCAAUGCUCCCACGGGACAGCUCGCCGAAUGUCUGAGGCCACGCGAAAAGUCUGGAGUGGAACCGGCGUCGCUCGAUGUCAUCUUGGACAAGGGCGUUCCCCCGAUUGAGUGGCCGGAGAUGCACAUGCCCGGGAAGAUCCUGCACUUCGUCAGGGAAAGGAAACGUGCAGAGUACGAGAUGUUUUGGACGUCGCCAGAGUACUUCGACCACAUCGUGAUCAGUCCGCGCUGCUUCAAGGACCACAUGCCAGACGUCCUCUACGACGCGCUUCGAAGCGUCUGCACCGUCACGGCGCUCUGACCAUCGUGAUGUGUUCGCUUGCGCCAAACGACGAACAACAACAAAAAGAACAAAUUGGACACCAUACGUGGGUCAAUGACGCUCGGACGUCUUGACAGUGGUAUACCUGCAAUGUCCAGUUGCGCGUCGGAUGAAGACCAGCUGCGUUGGCAGACGAUCACGCAAACUAUAUACGGGUCCAGCAGAAGUUGCUCACAACCAAAGAAGCGAGUGUAUAAGAUUCGCCAUUCCGAGCGAUUCCAGUAACCACUUCUCGGACCACCACCCUACGGUUUGUGCCAUCUGUGACGACCAGGGGUCGCUGCACAUCGCCUGCGAUCACGUGCGUGUAAUGGAUACGUCGCGUGCGUUCCAGACGUCUUCGUCGGUUGUGAAGGACUGCUCCGAAGGGCCUGAAAUUACACGCUUGAAGGAGUUUGUACUUUCCCGUGACGAUCCGGUGACUCCGACAUCACGGAGUUUGUCGAGUCUGACACGGAAGCAUACGUGAAAGCUGCAUCUUCGUGUCGCCAUAAUCACAUCGACGCACCUGAAGAAGAGAAGGUACAUUACAGUGAACAAGUAUGAAGUGUACGGAACUAUACUUAUUUCGUUUUAGUUCAUUUUUUCUUGUAAUUUUCGCUCAAGGAGGACCGUGCGCCAAACGUGCUUCAUCAACCAAUUCUCACUCCAUCUCGUGCGACUGUAAAUAUAUAUAGGCAUAUAAUAUAGACUGAUGCAGACCAUGUGUGACUGGACAGUCGCGUAUAGUUGAAGAACCUAUUGCGGGGCAACGGUGUUUCGUGUGAUGUUAAAAGACACGAAUUUCACGGAGCAUUCAUCCGUGCGUUUCUCAAGCGCAACUGCUGACUGCCACCCAACAGACUGCUACUUAGUGCGAUUGCAGCUUUUCACUUUCUUUUUUUCUGUUUCUUUUUCACCAUUUUGUAAAAAAAAAUCACCCUGUAAUCUAAAAAAAGACAUUGAUUGACAGCAAAAAUGGAGGCUCGGAGUCAUCAGUAGCGGCCGAACAAGAGGAUCUUCAACCCAUGGGGCCAAAGUUUCGACGAAACUACUUGUCACAGUGAACUCGCAAGGAAAGCAUCAGCCUUGAGCUAACGUUUCGACAAGGGGAUUCGUCUUCGUCAGUUGAUGCCCUGACGAAGACGACUCCCCAUUGCCGAAACGUUGGCUCCAUGGGCUGAAUAUUCUAUCUGGUCACUGUUAAGGCACUGUUGCUAGCUUUUGGCUACACCUUUGCCGCCCACCCAUAUACACCCUAAAACAGUGGAGUUCUUUCAACUCCUUUAUUGGUGGGAGUAACUGCUUUAUUCGGGAGUGCCAUCCAUAUUUGACUCCCGUCCUUUUCAGAGUUCUCAUGGACGAGUAGCGUAAAACGCCCCCCCAUCGGAAGGUAAAGCUAUCGAAAGUAGAGUUAAAUAUGAGCAGUUGACUCUCAUUAAAGAGUUUUAAACACAGCUCCUUCAUUACCCCCCCCCCCCUUAAUCCCACCACAACAGA